AUGUAUGAAAGUAACAUGAGCCGUUCUAUCGGUGCAAAGUCUUAUACCCCGGAUGUGCUGGCAGAGGCUGCCAAGCUUGUUCAGGGUGGGAGCCUUACGUUAAGUUGUGCGGCCAAGUCGUACGGGAUACCGAAAACGACUCUGCAUGAUAAAAUCAAGGGAAGAUACGCAACAAACAAAACAGGUCCCCGCACUGUCCUCUCGCCGGCUGAGGAGACCCGCCUGGCAGAAUGGGCAGUCAGCAUGUCCAGGAUCGGCUAUGGAAGGACGAGGCAGGAACUGUUGACCACGGUAAAGAAGAUCCUUGAUGACGAUGGUCGUAAGACGCCCUUUAAAGACAAUCGACCCGGCAAAGAUUGGUACAGGGGCUUCGUCAAGCGUCACCCUGAGCUGACGGAAAGAGCGCCCAUGCAGCUCGGAAAAGAAAGAGCAGUGAUAACGCCGUCAAAAAUCUCAAAUUGGUUCUCAGAGUUAGAGUUCUUUGUAAACAAUGAAUUGAAUGACCCAUGUCUGUUGUCUGAUCCGUCUCGUUUGUAUAAUGCUGACGAGUCCGGGUUUCCUCUAUGUCCUAAAAGUGGACGAAUCAUUGCCAUGAAAGGGGAAAAAAAUGUUUAUAACUGUACAAGUAGUAAUAAAACUCAAAUUACUGUGUUGGCCUGUGUUAGUGCUAUUGGACACUACAUAAAGCCAAUGAUUGUAUAUCCUGGCGAGCGUGUGAGGGCUGAUAUUCUUGAAGGUUUUCAGGAGGCUGCAAUAGGUCGUUCUCCGAAUGGGUGGAUGGAGUCUGAAUUAUUUUUGACCUGGAUAACGGACGUAUUUAUACCCUUCUUAGACGAGCGUCAAGUCAAACGUCCAAUCUUACUAUUGGUUGACGGCCACUCAACACAUGUGACUUUAGAGGUGUCGGAUGUGUGUAAGGCAAAUGGCAUUCACGUGUUUUGUCUACUUGAGCACGCCUCACACUUGAUACAGCCGCUUGAUCUUCGGGUUUUCGGGGUAUUAAAAGAAAACUGGAGUCAGGCUAGACAUUGUUCUGAAAACAGCAAAAAUGAAGCCAUUGACAAUCUACAGCUCAAAACUUAA